AGCGGCAGCAAAUUAAUAUUACAGGUAAAGCAGAGACGUUGGUAAACCAAGUCAGGUCCCCGAUUUCACAGGGCUGUUUGUAAAUCACUAGUGUUUUAACCAUGCUUCAGCAUACAGAUGGAGAAACUUCGAUGCUGGCAGUGUGUGUGAAAGAACCAGGUGGUCCAGAGAAUCUGUGUGUGGGAGAAGUUCCCAGACCUAAACCUAAAGAUGGGGAAGUCCUCAUCAAAGUCAAUGCAACAGCUUUAAAUCGGGCAGACCUGUUACAAAGGAAAGGUAUCUACCCAGCUCCUCCUGGUGAGAGUGAGAUCCUUGGUCUGGAGGCUGCUGGUGUAAUAGCUGGCCUUGGUCCUGGAGUCAAGAAGAAUUUUAGCCCAGGAGAUAAAGUAAUGGCUUUGCUUUCUGGAGGAGGAUAUGCACAGUAUGUUGCUGUGCCUGAGGAACUCCUCAUGCCCGUCCCUCCACACAUAUCCCUUGAGGAAGCUGCAGCAAUCCCAGAAGCCUGGCUGACUGCCUACCAGCUUUUACACUUUAUAGGCCGAGUUAAGCAAGGAGAGUCUGUGUUGAUUCAUGCUGGAGCAAGUGGAGUUGGCACUGCUGCCAUUCAGCUUGCUCGUUUGAGUUGUGCCAUUCCAGUAGUAACUGCCGGGAGCCCUGAGAAAUUAAAGAUUGCAUCGAAACUGGGAGCUGCUGCUGGGUUCAAUUACAAAGAGGGUGAUUUCUCCGAUGGAAUUUUGCAGUUUACAGAAGGCAGAGGGGUUGACGUCAUCCUAGACUGCAUAGGUGGAUCCUGUUGGGAAAAGAAUGUUCGUAGCUUGGCUAUGGAUGGAAGAUGGGUGCUCUAUGGUGUGAUGGGGGGGAAAUCAGUGGGGGGGGAUUUGCUUGGGAAGCUACUGUUUAAGCGAGGCCACAUUCUCAGCAGUCUUCUCAGGUCUCGAAGUCUACAGUAUAAAGCAGAACUGGUCAGAAGCUUCACUGAAGAGGCGUUGACACACUUCCAGUCAGCAGAUCAGAGUACGUCACUGAGGCCUAUUAUCGACAGUGUGUUCACCAUGGAUGAUAUUGCUGAUGCACACAGGCAUAUGGAGGCCAACAAAAACAUUGGAAAAAUCAUAAUGAAAAUUUCUUAAACAUGACCUAUGCAACAACACAAGCAGAUCUAUUUUAUUAUGAUUAUUUACAUGCCAUGUUUCAGAUUUUAACAUUCAUGCAAAUACUAAACAUUCAGAAGCUUUUUUAUAUGAAAGAACACCAUACAGAUCAAACGUCAGUUUCAUAAAUAAUUUUUCCAUCACAUUCUGAGAGACACAUCUUUAAAAAGUCAUGUCUAUUCAUGUAUAUAAAUAUUACAUAUCUACAUUGUCUAAUAAAAAACAAUUAUCUUCA